AUGGAAGAAGAUGAAUUUCCCACUGGUUUAAAAAUUCUUGUUGUAGAUGAUGAUGAGACAUGUCUCUUUAUAUUAGAAAGGAUGCUUCAGUCUCUGAAUUACCAAGUUACAAAAUGCCGGAAUGCAGAGGAGGCUCUAUGUAUGCUUCGAGAGGAUAAAGGCAAGUUUGAUAUAGUGAUUAGUGAUGUGCACAUGCUCACCAUGGAGGAAGGAUUCAAGCUCCUUGAGACAGUUGGUUUGGAGAUGAAAUUGCCUGUUAUCAUGAUGUCAUCGGAUGAUAAUCAUGAGACGAUGAAGAAGGGCAUCAUUCAUGGUGCUUGUGAUUAUUUGGUGAAGCCGUUCCAGAGGACGGCUCUUAAACUGAUUUGGCAGCAUGUGGUCCGCAAUAGAAGAAACAAGGAAGCACUUGCAGUUGCAGUUGCAGAGCCCAAGUCAUGCGUUUUGGUGGAAGAUGAUGAUGAUGAUGAUGAUGAUGAUGAUGAUCUUGUUGCCUCUCCAGCGAAGAAAAGAAGACGCCUAGUUUGGACAGCACAGCUUCAUCAACAGUUUGUCACUGCUGUGAAUCAACUUGGGCAUAAAAAUUGUCAUCCAAAGAAAAUUUUGGAUCGUAUGCAGCAAAUGGGUGCUCGUGGUCUUACUAGAGAAAAUGUCGCUAGCCACCUUCAGAUGGUAAAUGGAACUGCGCCUGCUAAUCAUGAUAUUGGUCAAAGUCAGACUAGUCUGAACCAGGAUGUGACAGAAAGUAACGCUACAACAUUCUAUCCCACAACACACGAGAGUAUACCUUGUGGAGAAAAUUAUAAUUUCUACAUAAAUGAAUCUUGUUUUGGCAUCCCUACAGUAGAGGAACAGCAUUAUAAUAAGGACAUGGGGAGUAUUGUUGAUGAGCAUUCCAAUUGGGACAAGUUGUUAGUUGAUGAUUCUCAAAGGUUCAAGGCCGGAAGCUGUUCGUAUGAUCAACCAAGUUUUGAGGCUAUAAUUUAUGCGCAAAACCAUGUUGCUAUCGAUGAUUACAUGCCAAGACCGUUCAUAGAGGAAGGAACUGGGCUGCCUGCGCGAUAUCAAAGAUAA